GGUGAGACUGUGAGGGAGUCGCUACUCCUUCCUCUUUCUCCUCCUCCUCCUCCUCCUCCUCCUCCUCCUCCUCCUCCUUUUGCUCCUGCUUGUGCUUCUCCUGCAGGCAGCCGAGCAAAACCGGAUUUCUAUUGUUGUUGUCUUUGUUGUUGUUUUAUUUUGUAGUGUGGCAACAGUUCAAAUACUCAACAUUGCCAGUAACACUACCUCACCGCGACUACUAAAAGUGCUACCUCUGCUCCUGUCUAGUACCUAUACUUCCAAGUCGACAACCCCAUCGUGUGUGCCUUAUCUGCGUACUCCUCAGGAUCGGAACAGGUGGCCAGGAAGGGUCCAAGAAGCAAUAAAGGAGGGAGAAAGAAAAGACAGCCUGAGGGAGCAAGGGAAAGAGAGACAGAGAGGAAGAGCACACGUAAAGCAAGGGGGUGAAGCUGAGCGGGGAUGGUGCACUAUGAAUUCCUGACACUGGUGGUGGUGGCCAUGAUGGCGCUAGUACACAGCCACCUCGAAUGCCGUACCAGGACCGGGCAAGAGGGUCGCUGCGUCAGCAUAAGGCAGUGCCCGGAGAUACAGGCGUUACUGCAGAGCAUCACGAACAACAGAGGGCAGUCAGAUUCCAUACAGUGGCUGCGAGACUCCGUGUGUGACUUGCAGGACGGGACUCCAAAAGUCUGCUGCGAACACCGGCACAACCUGGAGUCAAGAGGGGCUUCGCUUCUGCCUAGUGACUGUGGGCGGACAGUCUUGACGGACCGCAUCGUCGGGGGCGUGGACGCCUCUAUCUUCUCCUGGCCCUGGAUCGUGUUGCUCAAUGGCCGCAACACUCGCGGCAACUUCUGGAUCUGUGGCGGAGUGCUUAUUUCAGACCGCUACGUCCUUACCGCCGCCCACUGCGUCCACGGCUCCUCCAGAUUCUUGCUAGACUUCGUGCGGAUUGGCGAGCACCAGCUGUCGAGGAACCCAGACUGCGAGCGUCGGGUGUGUGCCCCCUUUCCCCAGGACAUCCGUGUGGAGGAGAUUGUCGUGCACGAUGACUACAACAGAGUACGGGGCUGCCCUCGCUGCCACGACAUUGCUCUCCUCAGACUAGCCACACCUGCACAGCUCAAUCCAGCGCAUGUAGUGCCUAUCUGCCUCCCUGUAAACAUUGAGAAGGACCUCGGCAUCGUCAACAAUGAUUUCUUUUCUAAAUUUGCCUGGACCGCGGGGUGGGGAACCAUAGAUCCAGCGCGGACAGUACCGGCGGACAUUCUACAAGAGGUGUUUUUGCCUCUUGAUAAGACUUACUGCAACACUUCCUCCUAUCCUGACCCUAACAUGGUGCUGUGUGCAGGAGGCGAGGGCGGGGACAGCUGUUCCGGGGACUCAGGCGGGCCGCUGGUCAUGGAAAACCCUCGCGUUAAUAUUAACUACGUGGUGGGCCUGGUGAGCAAUGGACCUACAGUGUGUGGCGCCCGGCAGACUCAGGGUUACUACACCAAUGUCUACUACUACAUCUCCUGGAUCCUACGACACCUCCAUUAGCAGGAAGCAAAUAGAGAGUGUACGCGACAAGAGAGAGGAUGAAUGUUCCAGGGCAUUUUAAUGUUAGGAGUGUGGAGGAAUAAAGGGACUGGAUGUAAAUAGCAUCUCUUCAAAAGACAGAUUAUUACUGCCUUUGCUCUUGUGGCAGUUUUAAUAUGGUGCAUCCCUCUGUCUUUAUUGUCUUCUUAUUUUUUCUCCAUUUUUACGGUUUUCCUCAUCGUCGACUCGCUCAUUUCGCACCGUAUCUUUCAGGGAAUAUUCCGUGUAUCAGAGUGAAAGAACGUGAUGUGAUGUUUUGUCAGGCUAGAUAAAUACUAUUAACUUUU